AUGCUCACUCAACGGGAUGAAAACAACGAGGGCGAAAUCAUGCCUAUGCUCAAGAAACCGAGAUAUUCAAGCAUCUCUGGUCACUCGACUAACAUCACCUAUCAAGAGCAUACGAUUAGUCGUGAGGAGCGAGCUGCGGCUGUAGGAAAACAUGAGGGAUUCCGUGGAUGUACAGUCUGGUUCACUGGAUUGUCUGGUGCUGGGAAAACCACGAUCUCAUUUGCAUUGGAACGAACUCUCAACAAAUUGGGAAUACCAUGCUACGGUCUCGACGGAGAUAAUAUCCGUCAUGGAUUGUGCAAGAAUCUUGGAUUCAAGCCAGAAGAUCGUCAGGAAAACAUCCGUCGUGUCGCAGAAGUUGCUAAGCUUUUUGCCGAUUCCGGGAUGAUUUGUCUCGCUGCAUUCAUUUCUCCAUUCCAAGAGGAUCGUCUCGAUGCUCGAAAAAUUCAUGAAGCAGAGAAUAUCAAAUUCAUCGAGGUUCACGUCAGUACAAGUCUAGCUGUGUGCGAGGAAAGAGACCCGAAACAAUUAUACAAAAAAGCACGAGCUGGUCAAAUCCCCGGAUUCACUGGAAUCGACAGCGCCUACGAGGCACCAGAGAAAGCAGAAAUCGUUCUGGAUGCUGGAAAAGAUGGAGUUGAACAGUGCGUUCAAAAAGUUCUCGAUCAUCUCGAAUCUGUCGGAUUACUCCCAGAACAGAUUCCAGAAGUUCCACCAGUUCGUGAACUUUUUGUAAACGACGAGCUCAAAGCAGCUGAAUUGUUGAAAGAGAGCCAGAAUCUACCAAGUGUUGAACUCUCAAAAGUCGAUCUUCAAUGGCUUCAAGUUCUCGCAGAAGGAUGGGCAACUCCAUUGACUGGAUUCAUGCGUGAAAGACAAUAUCUUCAAUGUAUGCACUUUGGACAACUUCUCGAUUUGAAACAUAAAGUGGCUUUCGUUGGAGAGAAAGAUAAUGGAAAGGAGGAUUCAUGGCCACUUAUGGAGGAAAUCAAUCAAUCUAUUCCUAUCGUUUUACCAAUCUCUGAUGACGUCAAGAAUAAUCUCGAAGGAGUUAACAGAAUUGCUCUGAAGUACAAUGGACAAGUAUUCGCAGUUCUUUCGGAUCCGGAAAUCUUUGAACAUCGUAAAGAAGAACGAGUCUGCAGACAAUUUGGCACAAAUGAUCCACGUCAUCCCGCUGUCGCUCAGGUUUUGGAAGCUGGAAAUUGGCUUUUGGGUGGAGACGUGGCAGUGGUUCAGAAAAUUCAAUUCAAUGACGGACUUGAUAAGUACCGUAAGACUCCAAAUGAACUGCGUGCAAUUUUCACUGAGAAGAAGGCUGAUGCUGUAUUUGCUUUCCAACUUCGUAAUCCAAUUCAUAAUGGACAUGCUCUUCUCAUGAGAGAUACACGUGAAAAGUUGUUGGCCCAACAUAAAAAUCCGAUUCUUCUUUUGCACCCACUGGGAGGAUGGACGAAAGAUGAUGAUGUUCCAUUAGAUGUUAGAAUCAAACAACACGAAGCCGUCAUUGCUGAAAGAGUUCUCAAUCCAGAAUGGACUGUUCUCUCCAUUUUCCCGUCACCAAUGAUGUAUGCUGGACCAACUGAAGUUCAAUGGCAUGCCAGAUCUCGAAUUGCUGCUGGAAUUCAACACUACAUUGUUGGCCGUGAUCCUGCUGGAAUUCAAAAACCUGGAAGUCCGGAUGCCCUUUAUGAAACAUCCCAUGGAGCCAAGGUGCUCUCAAUGGCUCCUGGUCUUUCUUCACUUCAUAUUCUACCAUUCCGUGUCGCUGCCUACGACAAAACUGCGAAGAAGAUGUCAUUUUUCGAUCCAUCAAGAAAAGAUGAUUUCGAGAAUAUUAGUGGAACCAAAAUGCGUGGAUUGGCUAGAAAUGGCGAAACGCCUCCAGAAGGCUUCAUGGCUCCAACAGCAUGGGAAGUUCUCGCUGGCUACUACAAAUCACUCCAGAAUUCCAAUUAA